AUGAGGAAUCGGAAGCAAAUCAGUUGGGGAAGGUUCGAUCCUCGUCUGAUCGGUGAAGGGUGUACGAAAUCAGGUGAGGGGUCCGAUGGGGAGUCCGAGAUUGUCGAUCGGUGGUUGAGGAAUCGCGAGAGGAGGAGAUAUCGACCCCCGCUGCUCAUGUUUGCUUCACCGCCGGCGGGAAUGAAGAGAGGGGAACGUCAUACAAGGGAGGGGGCGGCUUAUUUCCAUCGAACCUUCUUAGGUUUCUUCCUCAUCUCUGGCAGCAAGAACACGAAGGGACAACAGUGGCAGUUCCGAUCCAUAAAAGGUAUACCCGAGAACAAGAACAGUUCUUGUGUUGUUGACAGAAAUCGGUAUAGGGAAAAGGAUGUUUGGCAACCACCGAUUGCUGCUGUGAAUUUGAUGGGAAGGAAGAAUUCAUUUGUUCUUGCUGGAAAUGAAGAUGCAAGCAGAUACAAAGGAUCGUUCAAUUUUUACUGUGAAAGAAAAACGUGGGAAGGAAGUAAAAUAGUGGAGUGCAAAGUUAUGACGCAACAACAUGCUUUGAUUGAUGUAAAAUCUAAAAUCAUCGAACAAUCCAGGCUUCAUUGUGGCAAUUAUCAACAAUAUGAAGCAGCCAUUGCUGAUGCAGCUUCUCUUCCCAAAAUUGCCAUUUUGGAUUUCAGAUCUUGUAAUUUUGAUUCUGCAGCUUCAAGUUUCAUAAGUAUGUUUGGAUUCCAUGUUCCUUCUCUUACUCUUGCUUGUCUUUUAGAAACUUCAAUAGCCUACAAAAAGAAAUCAUUUAUUAAAAAGAAAAAUGGAACACCUGUACUUCAGCCUCUUGUCUUAUUCUAUCAUAUCUUUGAGAAAGAUGACGAGCAUCUUCUAGUGGAGCUCCCAUUCCCAUUGCUCUUAAUGGCUCUGCCACCUGUUCAAGAUAUGAAAAAACUUUCUAUUUUUAGCAUCGUACUUUAA